UCGCUUAGCUUUGCAUCUGUUUCUCUCUCUGCUGUUGGAACUCUCUCUACGAAUCUGUGAACGCUUUUCUCUCAUCAGAGCCUGUGACAAUUCAACAAUGGCAGGUAGAGGCAAAACCCUAGGAUCUGGCUCCGCCAAGAAGGCCACUUCACGGAGCAGCAAAGCCGGUCUUCAAUUCCCCGUUGGUCGUAUCGCUCGCUUCCUCAAAGCCGGCAAGUACGCUGAGCGCGUUGGCGCCGGAGCUCCCGUCUACCUCGCAGCCGUCCUUGAAUAUCUUGCCGCUGAGGUUCUUGAGUUGGCUGGGAACGCUGCGAGAGAUAACAAGAAGACUCGAAUUGUGCCUCGCCAUAUCCAACUUGCGGUGAGGAACGACGAAGAGUUGAGCAAGCUUCUCGGGGAUGUGACCAUUGCCAAUGGUGGUGUGAUGCCUAAUAUCCACAAUCUCUUACUCCCCAAGAAGGCUGGGGCCUCAUCAAAGGGUGCUGGUGCUGAUGAUGAGUCGUAAAUGCGUCUUUUUUCUCCUCUUGAGCCACUAUAAAGUUUAGUUUUGCUUUAUUCUCCUUCCUGUUUCUUUGUUUGAAACAGGAUUUGAUCCUUUGUCUUGUAGCUGUAGUUAGAUUUUCUGUUAGUGAUGUGAAUAUAAGGGUAAUUCGCACGAAGAGAUAAUCGAAAUUUGAUUCCCCCCCCUCCCCUUCCCUCAUUUUAAUGCUAAUGUAACCUUUUGUU